AUAAAUAUAUUUAAACCCUUACUUCCACUCAACCGUUCUCUCUAUCUAUAAUCGUCGUCCUCCGCCGUAUAUCUCCGGCGAUAUCCGUUUUCCGGUCGGUCCUCCGGCUAAUCUAUCCCUUUUUUUAUUCUGUUUUCCUUCCCUCUCCUCUCUCUUUUUAUCUUCACAAAAUAAAAAAAAAAGAAUCCAAAUAUUAGGGUUUCGAAUUUGAAAAAAGAAAAACAAAUUGUACGGAUUUCAAAGUUUGCUAUAUCUAUCUAUCUAUAUUCAUUUUGCGUCCAGGUUCAUAUUCAAUAAGGGGAGAGGGAAGUUAUAUCAAAAAAAUUCAAAAAAAAUUUGAAAAAUUUGGGGAAAAAUUGUGAACCUAGGGUUUUGAGAUGGCUAGUGCUCAGGUUCAGAUUCAAAGUCAAGGUCAAGGUCAAGGUCAAGUACCGGUGGUGAGUGGUGGUGGUGCACCGGUGGUUGUUGGUGGUGCUGCUGGUGGUGGACAGCAGUUUGUGCCUACUUCAUUGUAUGUUGGUGAUUUGGAGUGGAAUGUGACUGAUUCACAGCUGUAUGAUUUGUUUAAUCAGUUAGGACAAGUUGUUUCGGUUCGAGUUUGUAGGGAUUUAUCGACUCGAAGGUCGCUUGGUUACGGUUACGUUAACUAUGCCAAUCCUCAAGACGCUGCAAGAGCAAUGGAGGUUUUGAACUUCACACCUCUAAAUGGCAAGGCAAUCAGAAUAAUGUAUUCUCAUCGUGAUCCUAGUACACGCAAAAGUGGAUCUGGAAAUAUCUUUAUUAAGAAUUUGGACAAGGCAAUUGACCAGAAGGCAUUGCAUGACACUUUCUCUACAUUUGGAAAUAUCCUCUCUUGCAAGAUAGCAACUGAUUCAACUGGUCAGUCGAAGGGAUAUGGUUUUGUGCAGUAUGAAGCUGAGGAAUCUGCACAAAAAGCUAUUGAAAAGCUCAAUGGCAUGCUUCUGAAUGACAAACAAGUAUAUGUCGGACCCUUUCUGCGUAAGCAAGAGAGAGAAAUGGCAGUGGACAAGACAAAAUUUACUAAUAUCUAUGUCAAAAAUCUCUCGGAAGCAACCACGGAUGAAGAGUUGAAUAAGGUAUUUAGUGAAUAUGGAACUGUAACAAGUGCUGUUGUGAUGCGAGAUGCUGAUGGAAACUCCAAAGGUUUUGGAUUUGUCAAUUAUGAGAAUGCUGAAGAUGCUGCGAAAGCAGUUGAAUCCCUUAAUGGCCAGAAGUUUGAUAACAAAGAAUGGUAUGUGGGAAAAGCUCAAAAAAAGCAUGAGAGGGAACAGGAAUUGAAACAACGAUUUGAGCAGAGUAUGAAGGAGGCUGUUGACAAAUCACAAGGACUAAACCUGUACAUAAAAAAUUUAGAUGAUACAGUUGACGAUGAUAGCCUGAAGGAGCUGUUCUCUUCUUAUGGUACCAUAACUUCUUGCAAGGUGAUGCGUGAUCCUAAUGGAACGAGCAAGGGAUCAGGUUUUGUUGCGUUUUCAACACCAGAGGAAGCUUCUAGAGCACUUUUUGAGAUGAAUGGGAAGAUGGUUGCUAGCAAGCCUCUCUAUGUUGCACUUGCACAACGCAAGGAAGAGAGGAGGGCAAGGUUGCAGGCACAGUUCUCGCAGAUGCGCCCGAUUGCUAUGGCACCAACAGUAGCACCUCGUAUGCCAUUGUACCCACCUGGGGGACCAGGUAUAGGACAACAAAUAUUUUAUGGUCAACAGCCUACAUUCAUUCCUCCCCAGCCUGGAUUUGGGUAUCAGCAGCAACUUGUACCGGGAAUGAGGCCUGGUGGGGCUCCAAUGCCGAACUUCUUUAUGCCAAUGGGACUCCAAGGGCAGCAAGGACAGAGGCCCGGUGGCAGACGUGCUGCUGGACCUGGUCAGCAAAACCAGCAGCCGGUUCCUCUUAUGCAGCAGCAGAUGAUGCCACGUGGGAGAAUGUAUCGAUACCCUCCUGGUCGCAAUGCACCUGAUGGUUCCAUGGCUGGUAUUGGAGGUGGAGGCAUGGUUUCUGUUCCAUAUGACAUGAGUGGAGGCAUGCCAUUGCGUGAUGCUGGAAUCUCUCAACCAAUCCCAAUUGGUGCUUUAGCUUCGGCUCUUGCAAAUGCAUCUCCCACUGAGCAGAGAACGAUGCUGGGAGAGAAUCUAUAUCCUCUAGUGGAACAGCUAGAACCUGAAGCUGCAGCGAAGGUAACAGGGAUGCUUCUGGAGAUGGAUCAGACUGAGGUUCUUCACUUGCUUGAGUCUCCUGAUGCUCUGAAAGCAAAGGUCGCAGAGGCUAUGGAGGUUUUGAGGAAUGUAUCUCAACAACAGCAGCAGGGUGGUGUGGCUAAUCAAUUGGCUGGUUUGUCACUGAACGAUGGAAUUGUUUCCUAAACAUGUGUGGUUGGAAGCAAUGGAAUCAGAAGGUUUGUGUCGAGGCUUGAUAUCAUGUAGUUUGAUUAGUAAACAAGACUUGAGAGAUUGGUUAUGUUGAUUUCGGUUUGGAUAGUGUUGUGAAAAGAUUGCUGGCUGUGUUGAUAAUUUGAGAUUCAAAUAAUUCCUGGCUUUACUGUU